AUGUUUCGCUCACGCUUCGGCACAUUUGAUAGAUUCCAACUAGGAUCUCGGGAAUUGCCUGCUUUCAAAAGUUUGGACAUUGCUUCAUUCAGAGCUUUUGAACUUGCUCCCAAACUUGGAGGCACGUGGCGAGAUAGUGUCUAUCCUGGUGCUGCUUGUGACGUGGCCUCGCAAGCAUACAGUUUCAGUUUGGAGCUUAAUCCGAAUGGAAGUAAAACAUUCUCACCAUCUUCUGAAAUCUGGACCUACCUCGAUAAUGCUGCAAAGAAACACGAUUUGCACAAUUACAUCCAGUACAAGACUCUCGCUACCGGUACUGAAUGGGAUCCAGUUCGCCACCUCUACGUCAUCGGCCUGGAAGACGCAAUAACCAAAGCCAAGUCAACCUAUGAAGCCGAAAUCCUCCUCUCUGGUGCCGGAGCUCUCGUGAAUCCUAAAUGGCCAGAUAUUAAAGGGCUGGAUGGUUCCAAGGGCACUCUCAUACACAGUGCUCGAUGGAAGCAGCCGAACUCUCAGCCGGGAUGUAACUCCUGGUACCGUAAUGGGCAGAACGAUGGCAAGAACUUUUCACUCUACCCAUACAAUGCUACCAUGCAAUGGAUUGAACUUGCAUGGGUUAAAUGGUCUGAAUAUGAUGUUGAGAUCUUGAUCAAAAUGAGUUCUUCAGGCGUAUACCGACCCCGUGUGGCAUGUAUCGGUGGAGGAAUCUCGGGAAUAUGUGCAGCAUAUAAGCUCAAGUCUUGCGACAUUGAGUCAUACCGUGCUUUCGAAAUGGCUCCUAGGCUGGGAGGAACGUGGAGAGAUAAUGUCUAUCCUGGAGCUGCGUGCGAUGUCGCUUCCCAUAUGUACAGUUUCAGUUUUGAGCUGAAUCCAGACUGGAGUGAGAUCUACUCGCCAAGUGCUGAGAUCUGGGCUUAUUUGGAUCAUGUGUGCACCAAACACGAUCUUCACAAGUACAUUCAAUAUAAUACCAAGGUCCUUGGAGCUGAUUGGGAUCCAGUUCGACACCUCUACGUCAUCUCACUGGAAGAUGUAAAUACUGGCGCGAAAUCAACAUACGAAGCCGAAAUCGUGCUAUCUGGUGCUGGAGGUCUCGUCUACCCAAACUGGCCAGACAUUAAAGGCUUACAUGAUUUCAAGGGUACUCUCCUACACAGUGCUCGUUGGAACAAGCCUGUUAACUGUACUGACGGACAAGACGUUGCUGUGAUUGGAUCUGGUGCUUCUGGUGUGCAAAUAGUGCAGGCUAUUGCUCCUAAAGUUAAGACCUUGACUAUUUACCAACGUACACCAGGCUGGAUUGCUCCCCGCAUAAACGACCACUACAGCGCAACAGCCAAAUGGGUUUUCCGAUACGUACCAGGAGUAAUGUGCACUCUCCGAAACUUUGGGUUCCUUGUUAGCGACCUGCUCUUCUUCCCGCUAAUGUAUCGCAACAGUGCUGCGCAAGCACGAGCCAAGAAAAUGCUUAAAGCUUGGUACAAGCAGCAAAUUAAAGAUGACAAGUUACGUGCAAAGAUGACGCCCAACUAUGAUGUGGGGUGCAAGAGGAUUUUGCCUACGACCUCUUAUUUGCAGGAUGUGCAGAGACCGAAUGUAGAGUUGUGUGAUGCUGGCAUUGAUCAUGUUGAGGGAGAUGGUAUUGUUACAAAGGAGCCCAAGGAUGGCUCAUCAACAACCAAACGAACAUUUGAUGCUAUAAUCUGCGCUACGGGUUUCGAGACAGGAUUUAGUGGACAACGACCACCUGUGCCUAUGAGAGCAUACGGACAUUCUCUUGUGGAUGCGUGGGCUGACGGUCCCGUAACGCAUCGUACUGUGAUGGUUACUGGACUCUUGGACCUAACUCUGGAUCAGGAUCGUUUUCUGCUAUUCACAGUAUUGAAUGUGUGUGCUGUCCACUUCAUGUGUGAAUCGAUAAAGGGAAUGCAACGUAAAGGUAUUCACACAAUGCAACCUAAACGAGAUGUGCAAGAAAAGUACCAAAAGGAGUUGCAAACUGUUUUGGCUACUCGAGUAUGGAAUUCAAACCCAGGAUGUAACUCGUGGUACCGAAACGGAAAGAAUGAAGGUGGUAACUUCGCCCUAUACCCACACAACUCGAUGAUGCAAUGGCUUGAACUUGCCUGGGUCAAGUGGUCUGAAUAUGAUGUUGAGAAAAUCCCCGACUACACACCUCCCCGCCCUCUCAUGAAAGCUACCGUCCGUACAGUAGCAGCAGCCGCAGUCUUGACUACUAUUGGAUAUUAUCUCGAAAUCGACUUUGUCCUAGAUGCUGUCGAUGCUGUUAGAAAGACUGUUGAGGAUGUUAUGCCAGUUGUUGAAGACUGGGUAGAGGCCGUGAAGGAUUUGGUCAAGUAA